AUGUUGAGACAACUUUUGCACAAUCAGUUUGAUGUUAGUAAAAUUUGUGGUCAAUGUUAUGAUGGUGCUAGUAAUAUGAGAGGGGAAUGGAAUGGAUUACAGGCACUUGUUCUUAAGGAUUGUCCUUAUGCAUAUUAUGUUCAUUGCUUUGCUCACAGAUUACAACUAGCCUUGGUAGCUGCUUCAAGGGAAAUUAUUCAUGGAAUAAUUGAUGACGUAUUUACUACUUAUUCUCAAUGCGGAGAUGCUGAUGCAACUUAUUGUUUCCUAAAAGCAUUUAAGUUUGUGUUUAUUCUUCACCUGAUAAAGGAAGUAAUGGGGAAAACUGAUGUACUUUCUCAAGCUCUACAAAAGAAAUCCCAAGAUAUUCUUAAUGCCAUGGAGUUAGUUUCGGCAACAAAGGAGGCCACAUUGGACAAACAACUACAUGAGUUGAAUAGUAGAUUCAAUGAUCAGGCGAUGGAGCUAUUAAGUCUUAGUUCUACUUUAGUUUCAAAAGAACACCCUAAAGUGAUUAAAGUUGAUCAAAUUUGUCGUCUUGUUGAGAAGUAUUAUCCCGAAGAUUUUACGGAGCAAGAGAGAAUUCAAUUACGAUAUCAAUUGGAAAUUUUUAAUAUUGACAUAACAAAGAAUCCCAAGCUUAGUGGUGUCUCAACAAUUGCUGACUUUUGCAAGAGUCUUGUGGAAAGUCAGAAACGUGAGACAUAUUAUUUAUUUGAUAGAGUGGUGCGGUUAAUCUUGACACUUCCAGCUUCUACCGCAACAACAGAGAUGAGAUUUUCAGCAAUGAAAAUAUUCAAUAACCGUUUUCGCAAUACGAUGUCAGAUGACUUUCUCGCAAACAACUUGAUGGUUUACAUAGAAAGAAAAAUUGCUGAAAACAUUGAUUUGAAGUCGAGGUUGAAGAGACCGAUUAGCUACAUUGGUGUUUUGUUAGUUUCUACAUUUGUUUUGAAUUUUGAUAUACAUUUUUCACUUUGGUUUUCGAUUGGUUGA